AUGCAUCCUGCCGCCGUCGCUGCCAUGCAAGAGGGCCAGUCAGCCGACGGCGUCGCCUUCCGCGCCCGGCCGGGCCACGUCCACCGCACGUGGGCGCGCACCUUUUCAUCGCGGCCCGAGCUCUACAUCCAGCCCGAGACGCUCGCCGAGGUGGAAAAGAUUGUCAGCCUCGCGCGGCGCUGCCGCCGGCGCAUCGUGACCACGGGCUGCGGGCACUCGCCGUCGCACAUGACGUGCACCUCGAGCUGGAUGGUGAACCUCGACCGCUUCGCCCAGAUACGCUCCGUCGAUGCCCAGACGGGGCUGGUGGUCAUGGACAGCGGCAUUCGGCUGUACGCGCUGGGCGAGGCGCUCGCGCGGCACGGCCUCGCCAUGCCCAACCUCGGCAGCAUCAACGAGCAGUCGAUUGCCGGCGCCAUCUCGACGGGCACGCACGGCAGCAGCGCCGUCCACGGCCUCGUGUCCGAGGACGUGGUGGCGCUCCGCAUCACGCUCGCCAGCGGCGCGACGGAAUACUGCUCGGCCGACGUCAAGCCGGACCUGUUCCGCGCCGCGCUGCUGUCGCUCGGCGCGCUCGGCAUCAUCACCGAGGUCACGCUGCGCGCCGUGCCCGCCUUCACCCUCCGCUGGCAGCAGACCAUCGACACGGACCGCGCCAUGCUCGCCGCGUGGGACGGCGCGCUCUGGACGCAGACCGAGUUUGUGCGCGUCUGGUGGUUCCCGUACACGCGCCGCGCCGUGGUCUGGAGGGCUGAAAAAACGGACGAGCCGCUGCGCGACCCGCCCCGGAGCUACUACGACGGCGCGCUGGGCUACUACAUCUACCACAAUUUACUGUACGCGGCGCAGUUUGUGCCGCGCAUCCUGCCGUGGGUCGAGUGGUUCGUGUUCGGCAUGCAGUACGGCUUCGCCAACGGCGCGACGACGGGCGCCGUGCAGCCGAGCCGCCAGGCGCUGCUCAUGAACUGCCUGUACUCGCAGUUUGUCAACGAGUGGGCGCUGCCGCUGGCCAGGGGACCGGAGGCGCUGCGACGGCUGAGCGCCUGGGUCAACCACCUGACGCCCGACGACCCGGACUACGUGCCGCACAACAUUCCCUUCUCCGCCGACGGCCUGUACGUGCACGCGCCGGUCGAGGUCCGCGUCAGCGACACGAGCCUGUCCACCGGUGCGCGCCCGUUUCUCGACCCGACGGUGGACGACGGGCCGACGCUGUACCUCAACGCCACGCUGUAUCGCCCGUACUGGCGCGAUCCGCCGUGCCGUGCGCGCUACUACGAGGCGUUUGAGUGGCUGAUGAGGGACAUGGGCGGACGCCCGCACUGGGCCAAGAACUUUGACACCAAGCGGGAAGACGUGGAGGCCUUGUAUGGCGACAAUCUUGACAAGUUUAGGCGCGUGCGCGAUGAGGCGGACCCGGAGGGCAUGUUUGUGGGCGCGUGGCACAGGGAAAAGAUUCUUGGCAGCGGGGAGAAGCUGGCGCUGGAGGAGACGGAAACGUCGAGGGAAAAGGUAUUGAGCGGUGGAUUGAUGACGCAUGGGCAAAUAUAG